GAUCCUGAGAAGGAACAUCUCCAUCUGCUCUCCACAUUCCAUCUGCUGAAGAACAAGUAGAAGGCUCCUCAUUUUCCACAGACGUGCCUUUCACCUCCUGACACUUCAUCUGCCACUUGCUGUGUCUACUUGCCCCCUCCACCACAGGAGAAACCAUAAACCUGAUCUGCAGCAGUGACCUGGUGAUGCUGUGCAGGUGCUGCAGCUGCUGGAGGGACAACAGAGAGAGGGCUCUAAGAGGAUCAGCAGAGUAUUUCUGGGUGUCAGGAGGCUGCAGGAUUCAUCUCCCCAUCAAAGCAGGGCUGAGAGAAAUUGAGGCCCUUUAGAGAACCAUUUCAGAAACAGGGUGAAGGAAAGGGGCUCUGGGAUGUCCAAGAGAAAAAGCAUCCUUAUAACCAGGGCAGUGAUGGUGUGGUUCAACAAGAAGCUGGAACCAGGAUGUCCUGGGCCAAACAAGAGGAUUGGCAGGCUGCACAUCACCAUGUCCUGCCCACUCUUCCGAAGCAGCAAGUGACAGGACAAGAGGAAAUGGUCUCAAUUUGCACCAAUUAGAAGAAAGUCUUGUGUGCCCAGGAGAGAAGGACUUGGGAAGCAGCUGGUUUGAAGUGCACUCCAGCAUCCAUCACUAUCCAGAAAAUGUCUUAUGGAUCCAUUGAUGGGAGUGGAUUUGGGAGCAGGAACCCAUUUGGAGGCCCUUCGAGACAAGGCUAUCAACCUCUCGCUACCCAGAUUGAUCCCAGUGAGCUGCAGGAACUUUUUCAGGAGACUUCAGCCAAUGUCUUCCGAAUUAACUCCAAUGUGACCUCUCUGGAAAGAAGUCUUCGAUCCCUGGGGACCUCGAACGAUACUCAAGAGCUGCAGGAUGGACUGCAUGCCACCCAGCAGGAGACUAAUAAAACCAUCACGACUAGCACCAAAGCCAUCAAGCAGCUGUCUGAGGUUGUCAGAGGCUCAUCCAGGCAAGAAAGGCUUCAGCUGGACAGGCUGAAGAACCAGCUGUCAGAUGCCAUCCAGAGAUACGGAGCUGUGCAGAAAAAAAUAGCAGAGAAAUCCAAAUCUUUGCUUCCUACUGGGCAGAGAAGCACCAAACAGCAGAGCCCUAAGGCCCCCUUCUCUGACCUGCCUGACGAUGAGAAGAUCUUUAACGGAGGCGAUGGCGUGUGGCAGAACCAGGGCCAGGACCAAGCCUUGCUCUCGGAAAUCACGGAGGAGGAUUUGGAAGCCAUCCGCCAGCGGGAAGAGGCCAUCCAGCAGAUUGAGAGUGACAUGUUGGAUGUGAACCAGAUCAUCAAAGACCUGGCCUCCAUGGUGCACGAGCAAGGAGACACAAUAGAUAGCAUUGAAGCCAACAUUGAGGCCUCUUCUUCCAACGUAGAAUCAGCCAAUGAGCAGUUGGCAAAAGCAAGUCAGCACCAACUGCGAGCCAGGAAGAUGAAGUGCUGCCUUCUCUCCAUCGCUUUGGCUGUUCUGCUGCUCAUUGUCAUAAUCAUCGCGGUCUCUGUCAAGCGCUGACUUGGUUGCGCUUUGCACAGAGCCUGUGGUCACCCUGGGAAGUGGAAUGGAUUCUCAAGGCAUUGCACAUUCUGGCCCCACGUCCGUGUCUGCAUUUCUGAUCACGUCAUAUUAAACCUGCUAUAACCAACAAGCACUAAUUGUAUGAAUGAAAAAUUAAGUUUUAUACUGUGUGUUGGUAUCAUUGUGAAUAAUUUUGCUUAUUUUCCCCCCCUCUUCAUCAUAGGCAUGUUUUACCUUAUGUUACAGAUUUUAAUUAUGCCCCCUUGUAUCUGGGGAAUUCUAUUUCUUUGCCUCCAGACUGGCUAUACAAUGUGCUGUAAGAUAAGUAGCUGUUAAUUCAUCUCUAUUGUUUGUGUUUUUAACAUGCUCCUGAUCUCCAAUUCUGCUCAUUUAAAACUGUGAAAGUCAA